GUCCCAAACACGCUUCUUCGCCAUAACAAAAGAGACACAAUAUUACUGAUAAUACUCGAUAAGUAGAUAAAAGCUUGCCAUCCGCGUCUAGCGGUAAACAAGCCUGGCAUUGCAAGACGUCCUAGGCCUUUCUUGCGUACUCCUUGCGCGCUUUCUUGGAGCAGUUUUGAGAGGGUGAUACUUUAAAAGCGAUUAUUUCAGGGAGCAGCUUUCGGCUAGUCGAUUUCGGCUGUUUGGGGAGGUGACACCCGCCGCAGUUCUGCGUUAGUCCAUCCUACUAUACUUUAGAUAUGUCAUCGGCAAAAGAAUUAAUUAGCCGCUUGAUUCCGCCGGCGAAGAAGAAGUUCGAGCAGCUCUUGGCAUAUCGGCGGAACGUUGUCUGGGGCAACACCCAAAUCACGCUUAGAGUGCGUGAAUAUCCUAAAAGCAAGGACGAGCGUGUAUCGCUCGUAUCACCACAAUGGCACAAAGUGCGACUCUACAGUGAGGUGCUGAACCGAAAGGUGCCGCUGGUGAUGACGAACGACACAUUGCGGAUGAUUGAGGACAUGGGCGGACUUGAUUCUUACCUGCUGAAGACUCCGGAGUCAAAGCUGAAAAGCGACGUGGCAUCCCAAGUUAAGUGGGAGGUCAUCUCGGCGCUCAGGCGCAAGGAGCACCUCGCCAGCCUAGCAAAAAGCAGCGAGAGCUCAUAAUCGCGGUGGGGAAAGCGGGGGAGGGGAAUGCACUGACAGGUUGGGGUCAGAGGUGGUGGUGGGGAGGAGGAGGCAGCGGGCGCAGGCGCUGGGGGGGGGAACAGGCGGCGGCGGGAGAGGAGCGGCAGCGCGUGCUCGUGAUACGGCAGCUUGGGAGGGUGUUGUUGGCAUUGGAGGCAAGGGCCAGAGGGGGGCAGGUUAUCACCUCACCAGAAUAUCGCAAAGGCAUACUACCGCACGUCACCCGUGUCGGUGUGCAUUCGGAGGUGGCGGCAAGCAGGUUUGACAAGGGGCCCUGCGGAGUUUCUCCAAUCCUCGUUUGAGUGCUCUUGCAGCUGCCGGACGCUGCAGCCACAUGAUGGCACAUGGUGGCGAGCUGGUGUCUCCACCGCGCUGCCAGGGGCGGCUGUUUGUGGUCCGCACGGGGGCGCUUAGCCCUCCUUUGCCCAGCAACGGAGGCUGCAGCGGUGGCUGGGUGGAGAUCGUCGUAGUUGGUAUGCUUCCGUCUCUGCUGCGGGCUCUAGGACGGUGUGACCUUGCGGAUAUGCGGGGACCCGGACUUCGGUGGGUUCCGAUGUAGGCAGACGUGCAGUAGGUACAUGUGUUUUAGGGCGAAGAACUUUGGAAGGCUUGCAAAUGAGCUGGAUUAGGGCGGCUGAGGGUCGGCACUCGGCAGUGGGGAGAGGCCGGCCACUGUGGCCGAGCAGCCGCCCAGGAGCCAGGACUCGUGUGGCAGCCGUGGUGCGUGUGAUCACCUUGUGUGCGGUGGACUGCAGCCAUGCAGCGUAGGGUGGACACUGAUGCUUGGUUAAUGAAAUUCUGGUUAUGCAUGGUCCCUGAUUCGGUACUGCAGCGUAACUCCAACCAGGCUCAGGCUGUGGGGCUGCGUCAGGGUGGGCAAAGGGUUUCACUAGAAGGACACCAGUUGACUUUUUAAAAAACCAAGCCUGUGCCGUGCUUGCACCUCGCGCAGUCCUACUUCUGCCUUGACAUGUACCAGGAUUCAUCCGUCAUCUCAGUUGUGCCAAGGGAAAAUGUGGGCUCGUUGACUGGCCGACAGCAAUGCCGCAUAGACCUAGGGGUUGCGCCUUGCGUGUUGUAUGCGUCACUGACAGCGGCGUUGGUGGACAUCGGUUGAUUCAGGAAUGCUCUUAUACGGAAGCGUUACAGCAGAUAUACGCAGCUCUUGCAUUUACUGUUGAUGCUGCAUCGGCCUGCUAGGGAUCUUCGUCGGACGGUGCAACAGGCAACCAACAGCCGCAUACAUAUCAAUAGCCCAUUCCUCUUUUGUUGCAUACAUACUAUUCCUCUGACCUUUAGCUUAGCCCCCUGCAGCUUACGGUUUAAACUCGGCUUUUUUUUCAUCCCAAUGCCUGCCUAUCAAAGCGUUCAACUCCCUUGCCGUCCUGCUCUGCUAAAUCUCCUAAUGUUGUAUAGCAAGCUGCUUUUUUGUGGGGGCGGGUCGCCUUGACCAGCGACGCCCCCCUCGGCUUGUCCUUUGGCGACGCGUUUGCUAGGCCCCGUUAACGAACCACAGCGCCUCCUUCUGAACACUAGGAUAUUGUAGAGCAAUUGUCAAUUGAAAUGGCGCCUUUGAACCCCGGCGCGGCUGAAUGGACGCCUGCUGCUUCUGCUUGGGCGGCGGCCUCGAAGGCCCAAACCGCAAAAUUAGAUCACUCAAACAACAACGUCAAGCAGGCAACUCAGUCAACACCAACGAAUCCACCUGCCAACAAAACCUUUCAGGCGAAGGAGUUGCAUGCGGCUGAUUUUCCCGCGCUGGGGGCUUCAACCAAAGCUCCCGCCUCAAGGAAUGCAAACCAGCAAGGCCACAAGUCCUGGCGAGUAGUAGCGUCUUCUAGCGCUUCGACAGGAGAGGCUGCUCCGGAUGGUGGCCCCAACUCCAAUGCAACUGCGCCGGCCUCACAGCCAACGCCUGCCUGGCCAUCACCAGGCGAAGCUGCCGCCGCCGCCGCCAGCUCCAUCAACCCAAACACCCGUUUACAGCAGCAGCAGCCGGCGCCUCGGGCACCCUUGCACGUCCCGCAGAACCAUUCCCACCACCCCCACAACAACGGCAAGCACGGCAACUCCAAACAACAGGACAACAAGCGCGCUCCAGCAACCGGCGCAGCUGCAGGCGCCAACACCAAGAGUGCGCAACCCGCCGCAGCCCCUGCGUCCACCUCUCCGCAGCCACCACCACCCCCUGCCUCCCGCCAGCAGGGCUCCCUGAAAAACGCCUUCGACGGCCUCGCUCAGCAAGCCGUCGCAGCGGCCCUCGCGCCGCCUCCAUCCCGCCAGGCGCACCAGCCGGCAGCAGCCACCACGCGGGGCUUCUCCGCACCCGCCCCUGCAGCCGCUGCUGCUCCGGACGCCUCCGGCUCCACACCCUUCGCCUCCCUCAACGCCCAAGCGGCGCCAGCCAAUGCAGCCUCGCCCUCAGGCUCCCGCCCCCGCCCCGCACGCAAAGCCUCGCCCUUGUCAGCCGCGCUUGGCGCCGCGGGCGCCGCUGCUGCUGCGGCCGCCGCCGCGCAGUCGGCUGCAUCGUCCGCCAUGUGCACUCCCCCUCGCAACUCUGGCCCCCGCCCGCCCACAUCCAUUCUAGCGGGGCCCCCCUCGGCCUCACGCAUGCACGCUCCUUCACCCCUGCCCUCCACCCCCUCGGGCAGCGGCGGCCGCAGCGGCCUCAUCCCCGGCUCCUCGCCUCCCUCGGGCGGCUCGGCGGCGCUCACGCCCUCGCAGCCCAUUGCCAUUCGCAGCCGCGGCAGCCGGCAGCAGCUGACGAUGGAGGACGUAAUGGAGGCGGAGGAGGAGGAGGAGCGCGCGGCGCGCAUCGAGCAGCGACGUAAGCAGCAGCAGCAGCAGCUGGCAGCUGCUGGCGGCGGCAGCGGGGCCGGCAACAGGCGCCAACAAGGAGAGGGCACGGGUGCGUCGGCGUCAGCGGCGGCGGCGGCGAGCGGUGUUGCUGGUGGCAACCGCAACCGCGGCGGCGGUGCGGCGGGUGUGAGCUGCAGCAGUGGCGGCCGGCCGCUGCACUCGGGUCCCUCGGGAGAUGAGGGCGUGCUGACGUUUGAGGAAGCGUUUGAGACGCACAGCGUGGGGAGCAGGACUAGCUCGAUGACCAGCCGGCCCAGCCUGGCCCCCUCCGAGAGCCUGGGCGCCCACCCCAGCAGCGACCAGCUGGGCAGCGCCACCGCCUCCGCGGCAGCCGCAGCCGCCCUGGCCGGCGCCCUGGACGCCUCGCUUGCCCUCGCCCUGAAGCCCAUCCGCACGGCCACAGCAGCGCCCGGCAGCUCCCACAGCACCCCCACAACUGCCGGUGGUGAUGGCAGCAGCGGCAGCAGGGUGGAAGUGGCAGCGGAGGCGGGUGGUGCUGCUGCUGCUGUGGCGGCGACGCGGGGUUCGGAUGUGGGGUCUGAGGCGGCGGGUGGCAGCGGCAGCGGUACCACUGGGAGUGCUGCCGUGAGUGACGGGGCAAGGAGCCUGCGGGAGGCGCAGGAGGAGAUGGAUGAGGACGGGCCGGUAACGUGUCCGCCGCUGGAGGGGGUGGAGGAGGCGGCGCAGCGGGCGGCGGUGGCGGCGGCGGCGCACAUGGCGCCCUUCGUGCCGCCCACCGGCAAGGUGGGGCCUCAGGACUUUGAGAUGCUGCGGGUGGUGGGGCAGGGCGCCUUUGGCAAGGUCUUCCAAGUGAUGCACAAGCGCAGUGCCGCCAUCUACGCCAUGAAGGUGAUGCGCAAGGAGCGCAUCCUGCAGCGCGACCACAGCGAGUACGUGCGCUCGGAGCGGGACCUGCUGACGGCGGUGGUGCAUCCGUACAUUGUGACGCUGCGGUUUAGCUUCCAGACCCCGACCAAGCUCUACCUGGUGCUCGACUUCCUGAACGGCGGCCACCUCUUCUUCAACCUGUACCGUCAAGGGGUGUUCAGCGAGGACGUGGCGCGGCUGUACACGGCGGAGAUCGUGCUGGCCAUCGCCUACCUGCACUCUCGCGGCAUCGUGCACCGGGACCUCAAACCCGAGAAUGUGCUGCUGGACAGCGAGGGCCACGUGAGGCUGACGGACUUUGGUCUGGCCAAGGGUAACAUGGGCUCCGAGGCGGACCGAACCAACUCGUUCAUCGGAACCAUGGAGUACAUGGCGCCGGAGAUCAUUGAGGCCAAGGGGCACUGCAAGUCGGUGGACUGGUGGAGCACCGGAAUCCUGAUGUACGAGAUGCUGUGCGGCGUGCCGCCCUUCCGCGCCAAGAGCCGGCAGGCGCUGCAGCAGCAAAUCUCCUCCGCCAAGGUCAAGUACCCCAAGUUUCUGUCCUCCGAGUCCCAGAACCUGCUCAAGGGACUCCUCACCCGCGACCCCGCCAAGCGCCUGGGCAGCGGCCCGGACGGCUCAGACGCCGUGAAGCGUCACCCCUUCUUCAAGCCCAUCAACUGGACCAAGCUGGAAGCCCGACAGAUUGAAUCCAAGUUCAAACCCACCGUGUCGUGCAACAUGGACGUGGGCAACUUUGACAAGAUCUGGACCGACCAGCCGGCGGUGGACUCGCCCUGCGGUACCCCCACGGUGGCGUCAAUGGGCAAGUUUGAGGGCUUUACGUACGUGGCCCCCAGCUUCCUGGCGAGUGGGGCGGCGGCGGCGGCGGUGGCUAGCUUGGCAGCCUCCUCAGGCGCAGCACCGCCGGCUGCGUCACAUUAAAAUGGUGGCGGUUGCUGGUGAGGGUGGUAAUGGAGAAGCCUGAAUGUGCUGCAGGCGUGUACUGGCGGCGGUGUUUGGCGGUAAUUUGAAAUUGGGUGUUGGGCGCCGAUGGAAAGGCGAGCGUCCGCAUAUGCGGUAAUGUGCAAUUGUGUGGGCGCUUGCAUUAUAGGGGCAAUGGCCCUAGCUAGGGUGUAUCGUGCGCAGUGAUACAAGUGCUGCAGGAGAUGGGGUGAGCGGGCUUUUAUGGGUACCGGUAUUGCGAACGUGGAAUGGAUACCGGUAAGCGCUUUGGGAGCUGUGUGGAAGGCAAUCAGGUUGGUGGCUUAUGGAUAGGCUUCUUCAGCACUGUGGCAUGCUUCGAGCAAUUUAGAGCAGUCCCCUGAUCGGUACUAGGGGAGUGGCUGGCAGCUACAGCUUGCAAAGUGCGCUUGCAAGCGGAGCCCGCAAGGCCGUGUGCGAAUCUGUGCGG